GGGGUGGAGCAUGCGCAGUGCGGCGAGUCCGUGACGCGGCAGAGCAGACAGUGACGGUGACGGUGAAAUGGCGCUGAGCCGCGCGGCCUCCGCCUGUGUCCGUGUGCAGCUCCGGGACGUCGCUGUCCUGCGGCGUCUCCACGGAAACCGCCCGGAAACCGGCAACAAAGGCCUCUGUGCAGCUCCGCGGCCACAGCCCUCACCACAGAAGCCGCUGUUGCUGACUGGUCGGAGCCGCUUCCUCGAAGAUCCACUGCCAUUUUCUGCUUUUUUGACGGAUCAUUUUGGGAGGCACCAUAACUACCUCCGCAUUUCCUUGACAGAGAAGUGUAACCUUCGCUGUCAAUACUGCAUGCCCGAGGAGGGGGUCAAGCUGACACCCAGAGCACAGAUGCUGACGGUGAAGGAGGUGGUGACACUGGCCGGCCUCUUUGUGAAGCAGGGAGUGGACAAAGUCCGGCUGACAGGAGGGGAGCCACUCAUCAGGCCUGACGUAGUGGACAUCGUGGCUCAACUACGGAAGCUGGAAGGUCUCAAGACUAUUGGUGUCACCACCAACGGUAUCAACCUGGUCAGACUGCUGCCCAGCCUGAAGGAGGCCGGCCUGAACCUGCUUAACAUCAGCCUAGACACCUUGGUUCCUGCUCGCUUUGAAUUCAUUGUGCGAAGGAGAGGGUUUCACAAGGUGAUGGAGGGGAUCAACAAAGCGGUGGAAAUGGGCUACAAUCCAGUCAAGGUGAACUGUGUGGUGAUGAGGGGCAUGAACGAGGACGAGCUGCUGGACUUUGUGUCACUGACAGAGGAGAAGCCGCUAGACGUGCGGUUUAUUGAGUACAUGCCUUUUGACGGUAACCGCUGGAACUUUAAGAAGCUGGUGAGCUACCAGGAGAUGCUGGACACCAUCAGACAGAAAUGGCCUGAUCUACAGAAACUGCCCUCGGGAACCACUGACACAGCCAAGGCUUACAAAGUGCCCAACUUCCAGGGUCAGAUUGGCUUCAUCACCUCUAUGUCUGACCAUUUCUGUGGUUCCUGCAAUAGGCUGCGGAUCACUGCUGAUGGCAACCUAAAGGUUUGCCUCUUUGGGAACGCUGAAGUCUCUCUGCGAGAUACUCUGCGUUCUGGAGCCUCGGAGGAGGCGCUCCUGGAAAUCAUCGGGGCCGCUGUGGGGAGGAAGAAGAAACAGCACUCAGGGGAAGAAGCUGCUGCCAGUGGAACUCAGGUCCUCGUAAACCUCAUCCAACUGAAGCGGGGGCCAGUUUUGAUGGACCAGCAUCCUGCUCAGAGAGGGAGAGCAUUCCAGACUGAUGUGUUUACAAGUAGGGAGGACAGACUGCCAACAUUCUAUUACUGUCGAGCCUUUGUGGGGCCUGCACUGGCUCCAGCAAGGACUCACUGUACUGCUGCGGGCAGCCCGAUUGGAUCAGGCCAGAGGGCCUGGGACCGGGACCCCACCGGGUGGCCAGCGGAGCAAAUGGUGCGAGGGGGCGAGGGGAGCGCAGGGGAGGAUCCAGGCGACAGGCUGACCCACGUGGACCCAGCCACGGGCCAGGCUGUCAUGGUGGACGUGGGUGAGAAGCCAGUGAGCAGGCGGAGGGCAGUGGCCCGAGCAGUGGUGAGGCUGGGAGAGCGAGCAUUCAGCCUUGUACAGCAGGAACGGGUGAGCAAAGGGGACGUACUGGCCGUGGCACAGGUGGCAGGUAUCAUGGGGGCUAAGCUGACGGACCAGCUGAUUCCUCUCUGCCACCAGGUGGCGCUAGACCUGGUGCGGGUGUCUGUGCAACUGGACCCGGCCCGGCUGGCGGUGGUGGUGACUGCCGUGUGCCAGGCCCAGGGCCGCACCGGGGUGGAGAUGGAGGCCCUGGUGGCGGCCAGCACAGCGGCCCUGACUGUCUACGAUAUGUGCAAGUCCGUCACCCACAACAUCGUGGUGGAGGAGGUGCGACUGCUCAGCAAGACAGGGGGCCAGAGAGGAGACUUCCAGUACGAGGCUGCUUAACCCAUUAUCCUCUGUCCACAGCCUGCCCUUCACGGCCUUGCUCCUCCCUACCUCUGUGAUCUGCUA